GUUCAGAUCAAGCUGGUCACAUGAGGCUGAAUUUUCAGUUCAGUUCAUUAGUCAGCCAUUUUGAUCAACACCCUGCUUACUGCGCACAACCAAUCCUAUUAUCACUCGGCAUCUUGGCUUGACUGAAGUGGGAAGAGAAGAGAAGAGAGGCUGAUAGAUUCCAGCAAUUCCAGAUACAUUUUUGCCUAUAUAUUUUAUCAUCUUUUUUAAAACCCUCUUUAAGAAACAGGGAAGUGUUUUUUUUUCUUCCCUCUUUUUUGAUGCAGAGGCCAUGUUUGCUGUGGUCAUUUAGGAGUGAUUCUUUACAGUCAAAUUGAAGAAAAGAGAGCGUUUGCAGAAGACGACAGAGGAUACAGAAAGAAGGGGUUUCGUCCCUCACUGUGCCUUUUGUUUCUCAGAAACAAGUACUGUGUUUGUGAUCUGGAGCAAAUCAUUUCUGAUUCAGCAAGGAAUUUUUGUUUCCCCCCCCCUUUGUCAGAAAGGUUUUCUUUUUUUCUUUUUAGUUUUUGUAUUUUGAUUUUAUUGUUGUACCAGCUGAGUCAUCAUGUCUGCUCUGACGCCUCAAGGUGAUAUGCCAACCCCUACCACAGACAAGAUCACACAGGCUGCCAUGGAGACCAUCUAUCUUUGCAAAUUCCGAGUAUCCAUGGAUGGAGAAUGGCUCUGUUUGCGAGAGCUGGAUGACAUCUCUCUUACACCUGACCCUGAACCUACCCAUGAAGACUCUUGGGAGGAUUUGACAGAUUUGGUGGAGCAAUUGCGUGAUGAUACAGAAGAUCCCAAUUAUCUCAUGGCUAAUGAACGUAUGAACCUGAUGAAUAUGGCUAAACUGAGCAUAAAGGGCUUAAUUGAAUCUGCUCUUAACCUUGGGAGAACACUGGACUCUGACUAUGCACCUCUUCAGCAGUUUUUUGUAGUGAUGGAACACUGCCUUAAACAUGGCUUAAAAGCCAAGAAGACUUUUCUGGGCCAAAACAAGUCAUUUUGGGGACCUCUGGAAUUGGUAGAGAAGUUUGUACCUGAAGCUGCAGAAAUCACAGCAAGUGUUAAAGAUCUGCCAGGAUUAAAGACACCUGUGGGGAGGGGAAGAGCCUGGCUCCGUUUAGCAUUAAUGCAGAAGAAGCUUUCAGAAUACAUGAAAGCCUUGAUAAAUCGAAGGGAAAUUCUCAGUGAAUUUUAUGAACCUAAUGCACUCAUGAUGGAGGAAGAAGGUGCCAUAAUUGCUGGCCUUUUAGUAGGCCUAAAUGUCAUUGAUGCAAAUUUCUGCAUGAAGGGUGAAGAUUUAGACUCUCAGGUUGGAGUUAUUGAUUUUUCAAUGUACUUAAAGGAUGGAAACAGCAGUAAAGGAAGUGAGGGGGACGGUCAUAUUACCGCAAUUCUGGACCAGAAAAAUUAUGUAGAAGAGCUCAAUAGACAUUUAAGUGCCACAGUCAACAAUCUGCAGGCAAAAGUUGAUGCGUUAGAAAAAUCAAACACAAAGCUUACUGAGGAGCUUGCUGUUGCAAACAACAGAAUUAUAACUCUGCAAGAAGAGAUGGAACGAGUCAAAGAAGAAAGUUCAUAUAUUUUGGAAUCCAACAGAAAGGCGACUAAGCAGGACAGAACUGCAGAUGGACAUGCCCUAAGUGAAGCACGGAAGCAAUUGAAGGAGGAAACACAGUUACGGCUGGAUGUUGAAAAAGAACUUGAAGUGCAGAUUGGAAUGAGACAAGAGAUGGAACUCGCCAUGAAAAUGCUGGAAAAAGACGUCUGUGAGAAGCAAGAUGCACUGGUGGCACUUAGGCAGCAACUUGAUGACCUCAGGGCCCUAAAACUUGAACUUUCUUUCAAGCUGCAGAGUUCAGAUUUGGGAGCGAAGCAGAAGAGUGAACUGAACAGCCGCUUGGAGGAGAAGACAAACCAGAUGGCUGCUACCAUUAAAUUGCUUGAACAAAGAUUGCAGCAAUCCGAGAGAGAGCGCCAGACUCUGGAAGAGGACAAUCGGCUCUUCAAGCAGGAAUUUGGGGAUAAGAUCAACAGCCUUCAGCUGGAGGUGGAACAGCUCAGCAAGCAGCGGGGACAGCUUGAACUGGAACUGAAACGGGAACGAGACCCAGGGUCCCAUUUCCACCAUAGAAUUCAAGGAAACAGAAGCUUGCACAGCCAAAACAGAAGCUUCCGAAAGGAUGCAGGAAAUAAAUUCUUGGAAGGAGAUGCCCAGCAGAAAAUACCAGUGAAAGAUGAGAAAAGCAAAGUAGCUCACAGUCUGCAAGAGGAGCAUGAGCAGCCUAGCCUUGGAAAAUCAGAGCUCUGCCAGCUGUGUCAAGAAGAAAGCACUCGGAGCAAAAGAAAGAACAUCUGCAAGAACUGCAGUGGAGUCUUCUGCGAAGAUUGUUCAGCAAAUGAACUGCCUCUCCCCUCCAGCAUAUACCCCGAAUGUGUCUGCAACCAAUGCCACAAGCAUUUGAUACAGCAAUAUUCAGCAAGCCCCUCCUAGGAUUCUGAUACCGGUGGACAGCAGUUUUGUUAAGCGUAGCUUAAUUUAGCAGUUGAUUCCAUCGCUGAAACCUGGCUGGUUCUCCAUCCUUCUGGAGCUGUCUGGGAAUGUUUUCAAAGCAGCAAAUUUACCUGCCACUGCAGGACUGGAGCCAUAGGGGUGCAUGCAGUGGCAUUUAGUUUUAAAUGUGUAACAUUUAAGGCUCUCGGGUGAAUUGCUCCUUGAAGAUUUUCAUUGUCUACUGUGGGCCGUGUGAUUUUGUGCUCCCAAGUUCCUGUAUUAAAACUACAGUAUCCUGAUAAAAGAUGUAAUGAUGACUAGUUAGCUAGCAACUGUUGUUCCCACCAGGGCACAGUGGCACAAUGCGAGCUUGUGUGUUCUUGGCAAAAAAAGAGAAAAAAAAAGAAUUUUGCCUCCU